GAUCUCGACAGAAAAAUAUGAUUGUUACAACAAAAGCUAGCCUUCUGAAGCAUGUCAAGGACACAUGCGCAGAACAGUUGGACACGUGCAUUUUGACAGAGGGUGCUUUUCUCCAUUCGCUCUAGUGUCAACGGUAGUCGGGGGUCGCCCUUGAAGGAAGCUCUUUUUUAUUCAUUCAAUUAGAUACUUGAUAAUAACAAUAUCAAUCCGUUGGUUUAGAUGAUAGAUGGCACGAAAUCAGAAAAUACGCCGAAGCGUUGGCCUUCGAAAAACUCCUCGACGAUCGGCGGGUGCUCGACUCUCAAAACCUAGACUACCAGAGAUCAGAGAAGCCAAUCGGCGCAAGAUGAGAUCGGCACAGAAGGUCUUGCAACAAAAGCUUCUACGGCGAUCACUAAUGAAGGAAAAACGUAAACAGCAAAAUAACAAUCAACCAUCAUCGUCCCGCCGAACUGUAUUAUAUCCGCCCGUAGCACCUCCUCCGCCACCCAACAGGCGUUCGACAUCUUUGUCACCACGGAAACUCAACAAUCGCUUUACUAAGCGCGGUCUGAAAACAACCGGUUCCGAGCCUAUCGUAAUUGAUUCGGAGGAUGAUUCACUUCCUGCACCAGAAUCCGUGCCGAUGUUUUAUAUCGAUACGACAGGUGGCUUCAAUGAUAAAGAAGUGCCCCAAUACCUCAAGCCAGAUAAUGCUGUUGAGCAGGAUGAUGAUCUGAGUGUGAUGCUAAUGGAAAGCGUCCUAGAAGAAGGUGAAAUCAGAGACGAAGACGAAUCACGACACAACUUUCUAAACGCUAGACUAAACCCAGAAGAGAUCGCUAUCUUGGACGAUGAAGCGGAAUCGAAUAAACCAAAAAUACCACGUCCGAAGCGGUCAGACUCGGAGGACUGUUCCGUGAUAUUUUGCUCGGAAGUAAUCGAUCUGGACCGAUCGGAGCCCGCUACGAAAGAGCCCCCAUUAGAAUUUAUUCCCAUUGGAUACGAGCUGGAAAAUCCAAACAGAAGAAAAAGAACGCCACGAAAGAAGCGGAGUAAUGACAUAGCGAAGAGUGCGAAUUCUGAGAGUACCACUACCAAACGUAUGGUCAUCAUCGAUGGAAACAAUGUUGCUUAUGGACACACGUGCGGACAGGUUUUCUCAGUCAAAGGGUUGGAAAUUUGCAUACAAUACUUCAAGAAAAUGGGUCACGAAGUCAAGGCUGUAGUGCCACAAUUCCGGCUCAAAAAGGACAAAAGUACCGAUCAGAAGUUGCUGGAAAAAUUGUACAAAGACGGUGACGUCUUACUGGCACCAAGCAAAAACUUGCCCGGCCAAUGGUCCUCGUCCUAUGACGAUCGACUGAUCAUUUCCGUAACGGAAAAGUUCGAUGGUGUGAUCAUUUCGAAUGACAACUUUCGCGACCUGUUGACUGAAAGCGAUUCUUGGAAAAAGAUCAUCGAAACGCGGGUCAUUGGCUACACCUGGGCCAUGGAUGCUUUUUUUCUGCCUGAUGAUCCCUACGGUCGGAACGGUCCAAAACUAAAGGAUUUGCUGGAACAUAACAAGCCAGGAGCGGCACCCGUUGAAGGCAAGUGAUUGUUUGUUUUGUUAAUAUCUAUUGUAUGAGCAGUGUUUAUUUUUAUUGCCGAAUGCUGUUAUUAAAAAAAAGUCAAAACCGAAAAG